CAUAUUCAUCCUCUGGGCCGACGAAAGUUUUCCUCUACGAGGUGCAAAAUCCGCAAACGGCGCCGUCCUGCUACUUUCAUCUUCUGUUGAAUCACAGCAGCCGUGAAAAGCCCAAACGGUGGUAAAUAGUAAGGCACCGCCGUCGAAAAUCAAAGUCCUGCUGCCUAUACGACACCGUCACAACUCGAACUAAACUAACGAGCAUCGUCAGUUUUCAGCUGAACCAAAUGGAGAAGACAGCUGAAGACAAGAAAAGGAAGCCUUCCAAAUCGGAGUUCGUGUCCGGGUGCGGGUCUGGAUUCGGAUUCUGGAAAUGGGCCAUUGCUUCGGUGAUAUUCAGAUUAAUUCUGAUUUAUUUUCCCGGAAACCUCAACUUAGCUUCUCGGCCCGAAGUUUCCACUCCUCUCACCAGCCUCCGCCGCUUGGCAGAGGGUUAUUGGUUGAAGCAGUUAUCAAUGUCGCCCUAUGCUGGUUCAAUGUAUCAUGGAUCUCCACUAUUACUUUCCGUUCUCGGACCUCUCACUAUGAAAAGAAUUGAAGGACAGCCGAAUUAUCUUAUAUGCAGUUUGGUUUCUGUGGCUGCAGAUUUUACCUCUGCUAUGCUCAUUCGUCGAAUUGGCCAGAGGCUCCUAGCUGCAUAUGGUCAGAAUCUAAGGUCACUUGGUCUUGCAGAACUGUUUGAAGGAUCUCUACCUUCAGGUGAUGUGGCUGCUCUUGUGUAUUUAUGGAACCCUUUCACAAUAGUAACAUGCUUGGGUUAUAAUACAACGCCGAUAGAGAAUCUUUUUAUCAUCUUAUCCCUCUAUGGAGCCUGUACAGGAAUAGCUCCAGUUGCCGCUUUUGGAUGGGUUGUGGCAACACAUUUGUCUCUAUAUCCUGCAAUUCUGAUCAUACCAAUUAUUGUUCUGUUAGUCCGUGGUCUGGAUGCACCACCAAGGAAAUUGUUUUUACAACAGCUCUCAUCGAAAGCUGGUAAUGACAGCUCAAGUGAUAGGCAUGUUGAAGCUUUGAAAGCACAACCAACUCCUUUCUCAUUGCGACCUGUCUUGGCCUUCAUAUUCUGGUCCUUGUUAUGGGCAUCAUAUGUACUGAUUCUGUGUGGUAUAGCAUUGAAAAAUUCUGGUGGUCUCUGGGAGAUGUUCGAGAGGACCUAUGGAUUCAUUCUCACUGUAAAAGAUUUAUCUCCAAAUAUAGGUGUACUAUGGUACUUCUUCGCAGAAGUAUUCGAGUUUUUCAGAAACUUUUUUCUAAUAGUUUGCCAUGCAAACAUUUUGUUCAUGAUCUUGCCCUUGGCCAUACGGUUAUAUCACCGGCCAUGCUUUCUGGCUUUUGUUUACAUGGCAAUCUCCUCCAUUCUUAAAUCCUAUCCUUCUGUUGGAGACUCAGCUCUGUACUUGGGUUUACUGGCAUUGUUUGCCAAUGAAUUGGCAGAAAUGCAAUUUUCAUUCUUCCUCUUUUGUGGAUAUGUCGGAGUAUCCCUACUUAGUCCUGUAAUGCACAAUCUAUGGAUAUGGAGGGGUACUGGUAAUGCAAAUUUUUACUUUGCAACUGCUAUGGCGUAUGCUUGCUUUCAGCAAACUGUCUUGUCAUUCGCAAUGAGAAACAUAAGUGCCUUUGAAAUUGAUUGUUUCCAUCGCUUACAUCUUCGUUGGAUUUGCUUGUUUGGGAGGAGUGCGGGUCAGGGUAUGGGGUUGGGUGAGCUCAGGGGUGUUUUCGGGGAUAUGGCCUACCUUAUCAUGCUCCUGAAUCAUUUUUGCACGCAAGUUACAGAGGUUGUCUUGGUAGUUGAGAGCGUGUCCUCCAUGCUCAACCAUGAUAGAAAGAUCAGAAAGCUAAGUACAUCAAUGAAAGCUUGAGGUGCAUGAUGAUUUCUCCAUGGAAACAUAUGACGUAUUUUCUGGUCCAUUGGCGCAUAUCAUCGCAUCGGGAAUGUUUCUAGACAUGCCUUCAGCACCAUAAACUUUCGUGUCAUCUACGAUAUUUUCCAGUUUUCUGGUCAUGGUUCGUAAUUCUGGAAGAAAUGAUCACAAGAUGGCCCCUGAUAUAUCACUGAUGUUAAUGUUACCACGAGUACGAUCAGCAUGUAUAGGUUCAUGCUCUGAUGCUGAAGCUGCAUUGAAUUCCUGAAAUACGGGUUUUGAAAUUGAAAUUGAUCCUUUUAAUUCUACUACUUCUGUGUGUUUAAGGAUUUAUUUACAAUAUGUGAGGCCCAAUUCUAAUUCAACUUCCCCGAGAAACCACUAACUUGUGGGUUUUUAAGAUUUUAGCAGAUAGAGAGAAGGGGGGAAAAAAAAGAAGAAGUUUGUAGACGUGGUUUCGGUUUCCACAGAUAGUUAUUUAGGAAUUUAUGCCUUUGUAUUAAAAAAAAACACAUUUAAGGCCAGUGGAACGGCCUAAGCAGGAUUUUUAAUUGUUCGCUUGAGAUGGCUGCAAG